AUGAAUAGGACUGUCUUUUUGGCAUUUGUAUUUGGAUGGUAUUUCUGUUCAAUAGCUCUCUCCAUAUACAAUAGAUGGAUGUUCGAUCCGAAGGACGGAUUGGGUAUUGGGUAUCCCGUGUUGGUGACAACAUUCCAUCAGGCUACUUUAUGGUUACUAUCCGGCAUAUACAUUAAGCUCAGGCAUAAGCCAGUGAAAAACGUUUUAAGAAAGAAUAAUGGUUUUAACUGGAGUUUUUUUCUAAAAUUUUUACUCCCUACGGCAGUCGCUUCUGCAGGUGAUAUCGGGCUCAGUAACGUUUCCUUCCAGUAUGUUCCCUUGACAAUUUAUACAAUUAUCAAAUCUUCGAGCAUAGCUUUUGUCCUUUUAUUCGGCUGUAUCUUCAAGCUAGAAAAGUUUCAUUGGAAGUUGGCACUUUCAGUAAUAAUUAUGUUUGUUGGUGUAGCAUUAAUGGUUUUCAAACCAAGCGAUUCCACCAGUACCAAAAACGACCAAGCCUUGGUCAUUUUUGGCAGCUUUCUUGUCCUAGCAAGUAGCUGUCUUUCUGGGUUAAGGUGGGUUUAUACGCAGUUGAUGCUUAGGAACAACCCAAUUCAAACUAACACCGCUGCAGCAGUAGAGGAAUCUGAUGGUGCCCUUUUCACGGAAAAUGAAGAUAAUGUCGAUAAUGAACCUGUUGUUAACCUCGCCAAUAACAAAAUGCUGGAGAAUUUUGGAGAAUCCAAGCCUCACCCAAUUCAUACAAUCCACCAGUUAGCUCCUAUAAUGGGCAUUACUCUGUUGCUUACCUCGCUACUUGUGGAAAAACCAUUUCCUGGUAUAUUCAGCUCUAGCAUAUUUAGGCUUGAUACGAGCAAUGGCGGUGUCGGCACGGAAACUACCGUCCUAUCCAUUGUGAGGGGUAUUGUUUUGUUAAUUUUACCUGGUUUUGCAGUCUUUUUGUUGACAAUUUGUGAGUUUAGUAUUUUGGAGCAAACGCCCGUGCUGACCGUAUCUAUUGUGGGUAUAGUGAAGGAACUUUUGACGGUAAUAUUUGGUAUAAUUAUUCUUUCUGAAAGAUUAAGUGGUUUUUACAAUUGGUUAGGAAUGCUUAUUAUUAUGGCAGAUGUAUGCUAUUAUAAUUACUUCAGAUAUAAGCAAGAUCUAUUACAAAAAUAUCAUUCAGUUUCGACACAAGAUAAUCGUAACGAGUUAAAGGGAUUUCAAGACUUCGAACAGUUAGGAAGCAAGAAAAUCGCACCAUAUUCUAUUAGUGUCGACCUAACAAAUCAAGAGUAUGAGCUUGAUAUGAUUGCUCAAAACGUUAGUCGUUCAUCCCAGCAGGUCUGA